CCAAAAUGAAAGUAGCAGCUUCAACAACUUCCGGUUGAAUCCUCUGAGGGGUUCGCUAUGUUUUUGGUUGGACUGACGGGAGGUAUUGCAUCAGGGAAGAGCACAGUUGCUAAAAUAUUAAAAGAACUGGGUUGCACUGUCAUAGAUGCGGACGAAGUAGCCAGGGAAGUGGUACUACCAGGAACACCAGGAUGGAAGAAAAUUAAAACUCAUUUUGGAAGUGAUGUUUUCCAACCAAAUGGAGAACUAAACCGUGAAAAACUUGGACAAGUGAUAUUCAAUGAUUCAAAUAAAAGGAAAAUUCUUAAUUCCAUAACUCAUCCAGAAAUUUACAAAGCUAUUGCUUGGAAGGUUAUAAAAAACUUUCUGGUUGGACAACAUUUUAUUGUUCUUGAUCUUCCACUAUUGUUUGAAUCAAAGAAGAUGGUUCCAUUCAUGAGUUACACAGUAGUAGUGAACUGUUCUGAAGAGCAACAACUGCAGAGGCUAAUGAAGAGAAAUAAUUACUCAAGGGAAGCUGCUGAAAUCAGAAUUAAAGCUCAAAUGCCUUUAAACGAAAAAUGUAAGCUGUGCAGCCAUAUCAUUGAUAAUACUCAGGAUAUACAAACUACAUAUUACCAGACUGUAAAACUUCAUCAACAGUUGUCACAGAGUCGUCUGUACUGGAAAGUCCGCCUUCUGUUAGCUGUGUGUGCGGGAACUGUGAUUGGCCUGACUAUAUAUGUUGUGAAACUUGUAUUUAGAUAACAAUAAAACUGCUUUAAAUUCUUGA